CAUUUGCUGCAACGCAAUCCCAGCCAUCCCAAUCGCAAUCCCAUUCCCGGCGUCAUGUUCCGUUAUUCCUCCAUAUCAGCCGUUUGACCUACUGAACGGAAGUUGAAGAGCUGCUGCUGAUAUUAUGGACGGAAUUCCAAAAUGAACUGAAGUUAAUUUAUUUGAAAAGAAGCGCUGCGCGGUGCGCAGCAUUGGUGGACAAGGGCGUGGAUGUAGCAAUGGUGCUGGAUCUGGGUGAGAACUGCAUGGAGCAGGCUAAUGGAGGAGGGCUCGCAAAGAAUGACUCAGAAAUGUUAGAACCAGAGCCCAGCACAGAGAAACCCAAACCAGUCAGAGCCAGGACCAGCAGUAUCACCCGAAGAGAUGAAUCGACCCACAAUGGGCCUCACACGCAGCCUUGUACCACUUGGGAUGGCUGCUCCCAGGUUCAGCGAAGACUCCAGAAGACAGAAGGUAGAAAUAAAGGAGAAUCUGUGCGGCCAAGGGAACCUUCCAAACCGCCACCUUGUCGAAGACCACUUAGUCUGGAAAUAAAACCACAGCGAAUUAGAGCAACGCAGCCAGUGCAGAAGGUGAUACAGCCACCGUGGCGUAGUGGUGGCCCUUCUCCACCCAUGCGAAGCCUAACAAGCCUUAGUUUGGGGUCAGGGAACUGGCUUCGCCGGAGUGAGAGCACCUGCACAAUGAACUCCACGACGCCCGCACGUGCUGGCAGGGGUCAAAUGAGACCUGCAACCUCCUUGCCACAUAUUGCCAGGGGUAUCACUCCACUUCCUUCACCAUCAACACCUCGUGGGCCGUGCCUGCUUGUGGCUCUUCGUCCCGUAAACCUGGAACAGGAGCGUCAGACCUUUUUUCAGUCUAACUAUCAGUAUGAGCCCCAGUUUGAGUAUGCCUCGCCAGAACCUGUCAGUGUUUUGGAGAAGUACAGAGAGGGAUCCAGUCUCUUUCUGUCCCAGGCAGUUGGGAUUAUGGAGUGUGUGCUGAGGAAGUAUGAGACCUAUGAAAACUUUGAAGAAGUCACAGGGGGCAGCUUGCUACCGAAGAGUCAAGUGUGGGCAGCCACACGCAAGUAUCUACAGAAGGAGCGCUGUGUUGGUGAGGUGGUCGUAAGUCUCUCUGAUGAGCUUCUGUCCCAAGCAGUUAUGAUGGUGGAGAGAUGUCGACCAACACUAACUAUUAAUUUGUCAGGAGCACGGCAACACUGGCUUGAGGGCAUGCUUAGACACGAGAUUGGCACACAUUACUUACGGGGUGUGAAUAACAGCAUGCAGCCAUGGGCCACUUCUGUUGGGAGAAAGCAGUUUGGACUGAAACCAGCUAAUCCUACUGAAGAGGGGCUUGCUAGUCUUCACAGUGUGUUGCUACGGAAACAGCCCUUCCUGUGGCGAGCUGCCCUGCUAUACUAUACUGUAUACCAUGCCACAAACAUGAGCUUCAGCCAACUGUUCAGCCAUAUUGCUCGCUUUGUCCAAGAUCCUGCUGUACGCUGGGAAUACUGCCUCCGCGCCAAACGAGGACAGACAGAUACCUCGAAACCAGGUUGCUUCAGUAAAGAUCAGGUCUACCUUGAUGGAAUUUUAAGGAUUUUACGCCACAGGAGGAACAUUGAUUUUAAGAUAUUAACUGCUCUUGGCAAGGUUUCCUAUGAAGAUGUGGACAGACUUCGACAUUUGGCUGUCCUAAAUGGAACUAGGAUUCCUCACUUCAUGCAGGAUGAAGAACGUUAUCUUCAACACCUCGACCACAUUGUCACAGUGAAUGAACUGAGUGAUGCAGAGCUUCAAGAGCUCAUUCCAUGAAGAGUUGCAAAAAAUGUAUCAAAACCAUUCAAUUUUCCCAGGCCAAAAAACGGUGUCUGCAAAACUGUGAUUUUACAAACAACUGAUUGAUAUAAUUUUGGAUGGUUUUUCAUGAAAACGCGAUCCAUGAUGAUCAACCAUAAAAAGUAUUACAAACAGCAUGGUUGUGUCCAAUGAUGGAUGUGGUAAUUUGCUACAUUAAGUGCCAUACUCAGUAAGUCUGUUUACAAAUACAAAUGAUUGUGUUUUUAAACCAUAUGACUCAGGCAUGAAAGACAUGUUUGAAUUCUUGCAAACCCGUUAUGUUCGGAAUGGCAUACUACCAUACUCGUACCAAUUUUUUUAAUAUACUGUGCACAGUAUGCAAAUUUUCUGAAUACAUGAAUUAUGUAGUACAUUAUGCCAAAGUGUGCAGUACUGUAAUGCAGUGGGCUUGACUUGACCUUGUGUUUCAAGUGUUACAACUGAACCAAAAGCGGUAUCAACCGUCAUUUCUCUCUCAAUUGAUUAGCUGAUCAGACUGAACAAAAUAAGGAAUGCUAAAUAAUUGUAUUUCAGAGUUGACAGUUGGAUGUUGUAUGGAUUUUAACAUGCAUCAUAGACAACAGAAAAUUGCUUUGUAUACUGUUUUUAAUAAACUACAUUGUAUGCGGUACAGUAGUAUUCCAUUCCGAACACCACCAUAUUCAUGAGAAGCUGAAAGAAGGUCAUGUAGCAUUUUAACUGCACUCGUAAUGUAAUGGGCACAUCCCAUCAUGCCAAAUAAUAUCACACAAGGCAGAGCUAUUUGAGUACUAAAUCAAAUGAAUUACCCUGACAGUAUUUAUAUGAGGUUUCGCACGUGAACUUAUGAACACCAUAUAGUGUGCUUCUACUAGUCUUUCAGUUUCUCUAUUAUUUAUUAUAUGUUUACCUCUUGUAUUCAUGCAAAACACUGAAUGUCUGUGGUAUUAGCUUUAUACACAAGUAGCAAAUGCAUUUUUUCUUUAACUUAGUAUAGCAAGCAAUGCAAAAAGACACCAAGGCCGACUCAGUUUAAUGAAGUGUUCAUUGAGAAUCUGACGAAAAAGAAAAUUACACUAAUGAAAAAAUUGCCCUCUUUGGCACAAUUUUUUCCUCAUCAGGGCUUAUGAAAUGCCAGUACUCUAUCUAGAGAUAAUCAGUGUUCUUCUGAGAGCACCCUUGGUGGUCUUUAUUACCUGUGCUAAUGUGAUGUGACACCUUUGUAGGAGAGUUGCCACUGCAACCUCUGCUUUUUGUACCUGUUUAAAGCAGUCCAGCUGGCCGGCUUCCUCACUGUGCAUAUUAAGAUUGUGAUGGACUCAGGAAGAAAAAAAUUGGAGGUCAUGUGGAUGUGCCUUAUAUGGGUUCCAAACUCAUGCGUCAUGUCAUAGCUUCACGCUAUAUGCUUGAAAUCACAUAUCCAUUUGUAUUUAUUAUCAUUGUCAGUACUGCACGAAAAUUACACACUUCACAAUAAGUUGCUGUUAUCUCAUUAAAAUUGUACACUGAAGUCCC